UUCCAGAAACCACAUGAAGGGUACGGAACGACGAUACAUAAUAUUAUAAGCAUUGGAUAGUAAACGUUAAAAAAUUUAUACCUUCUUGAUUAUUUUUAAUAUAAAGUAAACUUUUUCAACUGUAAGUUUGGUUCAAUAUGACGACGGAAACGGAAUUAGUCCAAAUGUUCCCGAAACUGAAUGUGGAUGAGGAACCUGAACUGGGCGCUACCGAGAUCGAGUCCAUGUGCAUGAAUUGUUAUGAAAAUGGCACAACUCGUCUGCUGCUGACCGAAAUUCCAUUCUACAAAGCGGUAGUAAUUAUGUCAUUUUCCUGUGAACAUUGUGGCUUCCAGAACAAUGAGAUCCAGUCAGGUGGUGAAGUAGCUCCGAAGGGUAUCCGCAUACGGGUGAAAUUGGAAUCUAUAAAAGAUCUGAAUCGUCGUGUUGUCAAGUCGGACAACUCGAGUGUUCGGAUAGAGGAGCUGGACUUCGAGAUACCGGCUCAGUCACAAAAAGGGGAAGUCACUACCGUUGAAGGUAUCAUUGAUCGAGUGAUACGAGGGCUGGAGCAAGAUCAGCCGGUUCGUCGAAUACAGCAUCCGGAGACAGCACAACAAAUUGACGAUUUUGCAAAUUCGAUGAAGGAACUGAAAGAGAUGAAGCAGCCGUUUACGAUAGUAAUUGAAGAUAUUUCUGGAAACAGUUUCGUGGAAAAUCCAUUUGCACCUCAAACCGAUCCUAACUCGACUACUUCCCAUUUUCAAAGGAACAAAGAACAGAAUCAUAUACUAGGCGUGUUCACUCAUGAUGAAGUGUCGGAGAAGGACGCAGGUGCAUCUCGUCCUAAUCAGUGCGAAGCUAUUCCAGAAGAAGAGGAUAACAUACUAAAACCAAUCGCGGAAGGUUCAUGGCCUCUAGAGGAACUGCACGGAGAAGUAUUGCAGUUUCAAACGAAAUGUCCGGAAUGUUCAGCAGAUUGUGAGACUAAUAUGAAGUUGACCAAGAUUCCUCACUUCAAGGAAGUUGUAAUUAUGGCUACGGUGUGCGAUAACUGUGGUACCCGAACGAAUGAAAUAAAACCCGGCGGUGGAAUUGAAGAUCAGGGCGUAAGAAUUGAAAUUACCGUUCGAGGAAGGAUAGAUUUCUCGCGAGAUGUGCUGAAGUCUGAGUCGUGCCAUCUGAAAAUUCGAGAGUUGGAGUGCGAAGUGGGAGGUGGUGCCCUCGGUGGUCGUUUCACAACCAUAGAGGGUUUACUGACUGCCAUGAAAGACCAACUGGUGGAAAGCACUGGCAUGUUUAUGGAUUCCAAUGAUGAAGACACAAAACACCGCUUGGAUAGCUUCUUCGGUAAGCUGGAUGAAGCGAUCGAUGGCAACCGGCAGUUGACUAUUGUGUUGGAUGACCCUACCGGAAACAGCUACGUCCAGUCACUGAAUGAUGACGGUACCCCGGAUGGGGCACUGCGGAUAAUACGGUAUCAUAGGUCACAUGAGCAAAACGAGGAACUCGGUUUGAAUGACAUGAAGACGGAAAACUAUGAGGAAGAAUAGUCUGUGAGCACAGGAAAAUUCCAUCGUAUAAGUUGAACCUAACCGGUGAAUCUGUGGUAGCAUGCAUUUCGAUUUUGUAGUUAUUUACGAAAUAAAAUUGACUAAUUUGAAUUUGAACCAUGAAACGGCGAAAACCGUAACCGCCUUUUCAGUAGGUAGAGUUCGAUCAAAUGUUGCGCUCAUAGGAAAUUUCGGUUACCUUGUUUCACAUCAAUAACUCAAACAACGCCAUGAGGCUGAUUCUUGUAUGAUUUAUGACGGUAUUAUAAAUAGUUAUAUCUAUUGA